GUGGUCACGUGACGAGCUCUAACCUGAACCCGGAAGUAAGCGUGCAGAGUGCGUAGAGCAGCGGCUGUUCCGCGGUUCGGUGCUGGUUUUAACGGUUCUGCUCGGUCGGUUGUGUCUCGGUGACGGUGAACGGGAUGGACGGGUUCCUAAAGCUGAUCCUGGCCGCGUCCGUGGUUCUGAUGGGGGUUCGGAACCAGGUGGACUGCAGCUCCUUCAACAUGAAGAGGGUUUCUCUCGCCAAGGUUUCUGGUUUCAGCUGGAAAAACUGCGGCGAGCCCGAUGAUCCAGCUGUGCUGAAGAGCAUGAGUCUGUCCCCAGACCCCAUCUCCAUCCCCGGGACCCUGACAGCCUCCGCAUCUGGAUCCACACAGGUCCAGCUGGAGUCCAAGCUGUCUCUGAACCUGACCCUGGAGAAGGAGGUGGCCAUGAUCUGGGUGAAGAUCCCCUGCGUGGACGAACUCGGCAGCUGUCACUAUAACAACGCCUGUGACCUCCUGGACCAGCUGUUCCCCGCGGGUCAGGACUGUCCAGAACCGCUGCACAGCUACGGCCUGCCCUGCCACUGCCCCUUCAAGGCCGGCUCGUACUCGCUGCCAUCGUCGGACUUCGACGUGCCCUACUUGGACCUGCCCUACUGGAUGACCAACGGGAAGUACCGGGUCCAGGGGGUUCUGGGCCACGAGGGCAAAGAGCUGGGCUGCCUGCAGGUGACUUUGUGCAUCGAGUCGUCCUGAAGGAGCCCUGCAGGGAGACCAGGAACCCAUUAACAAAACUAAACAUCCAGGACUUUUAGAAACAAACUAAAUUAAUGUAACAGUGUUUAAACAAAACACUAAUAAUCUGAUUUAAUUCAAACUAUACUUUUUAAUUGUUAUUUCAUUUUAAGGAGUAAUGUUUUCAAAUAUGAAAUGAUCAGAAACCAGCAGGAAAAAUGUUUUUCCUCUCAUUUUAAAAUGUUUUAUUUUCACCUUUUUAAUAUUAAAACAUCUAAAUAAAAUUGUGCAAUAAAUUUAAAAAAAAAACUAGAAAAUUUCUGAAAAAAUUUAAAGGGGUUUGCUCAAGUUUGCCUAACUUGAAACCAAAACUUUGGCCUAGGAAAACCAGAAACCCCUAAGAACUGCCUAAAAUCAAAAUGUCUUCAGAGGUUAACAAAGGUCAUCAAUAUCUAUUUUGGAGCAACCAAAUCCUGCUUUAAUCAGAAUCACUGUGCAAAUUACAACUUUUAGUAAUAAAGUAGAUGUUGCGCUCUUAUUUUGAAAAUCCGAAAGGGUUGCAUCCGGUUCGAAUUGCGUCGGCCAGGAUUGCGCCCUCUGCUGGUCCGGAUGUCCGGUUUUUAGUUAAUUUCUCCGCAGUAGUAAUUUGAAUCAAAAAGUUGUUGAGUAGCACACUUCUCCACUCCAUUACGGUCAUUUUGAUGUAACGGUUGUGGGGGUACGUGCUGCGGUUCGAGCUGCAUUAAAAGUGGUGGAAGAAGAAUAAAGAAAUAAAAAAUAAAGACUAGGUGUAAAGUAAUGGAUUUGCCAUUGCAUGACAAGCCCCAAUUAAGAGUUUUCAAUCAGUGCAGCAUUAAAUUUGCUUCACAAACCGUUCAUUAUAAUUAAUAAAAUUAGUUAUUUUAAAAUUAAUAUUUUUCAUUCCUGAUAAACUGAGCCUGACUUGAGUUAAACUGGAUUAUUAUUGGAUGGAUUGUUUAUGGGUUUAAUCCAGGAACAGGAGGACUUUUAUUUUGAAAUACUGCAAUGUAAUUAAACCUGCCAAAUGGUAGUUUUUAUGAUCCCAGAAAAUAUUUUUACAUCAUUUUCAUGCUUUUUGUUUUUAUCCUUUUGUGCAAAGAUACAUGUUUUUAUUUUGUUAAUCACAUAUUUCUUUUUAUUUUUACUUUGCUUCUCAAAUAACAGAUUUUAUUUUAAAUGAAAAUUUAUUGAUUAUAGUGCCUGCUCUGAUCUGUUAGGAAAAAUCCUAUUUUUUUAAGAUUAAACUUGUUUUUAAUAAUUCAUUUGUAUGAUUGUGGCAAUAAAUGAUGUUUUAGAGUCAUAUAUGAAACUGAUUGCACACACUGAGAAAUUCUGAAUAAACUUUAUUUCACACGUU